ACUAAAUGCGUCAUUCUCACAAGCGGAAGUGAAAGUGCAGAAAGCGUUAUUAUUUUCUUCCUCAGAUGGUGAUUAACUCGCAAUAACAGCAUAUAAAGAGGCUUUCGGAACAGCAUCGCCAAUAUGUCUGUCGCAAACCCGAAACAAACAAUAACGAAUCCAACGAUACCUUAUGCUGGUACCAUCCUGGGCGGACUUGAGCCCGGAGAGAUGGUGCUCAUACAGGGCAGUGUACCCAGCGACGCGGACAGAUUUCAGGUUGACCUGACCUGCGGGAGCAGCACGAAGCCUCGGGCAGACGUGGCCUUUCACUUUAAUCCUCGCUUCAAGCGCUCUCCCUACAUCGUCUGUAACACACUGCAGAAGGAGAGCUGGGGAAAAGAGGAAAUCCACAACCUGAUGCCCUUCAGACACGGCGCUGCCUUCGAGAUCAUCAUACUUGUGCAGAGAGAUUUGUUCAAGGUGGCAGUAAACGGCUCUCACCUGCUAGAGUACAGGCACAGGUUAGAGCUCAAGAAGGUGGACACGCUGGCCAUAUCAGGGAAGGUUCAGAUUCAAGCCAUCGGGUUUAUUCCCAGUUCAAUAAGCAAGAGCUCCGUAACACCUUCAAAUGCAGUUGCAAGCAAAAGAACACAGGCUUAUUCAGUCAUGUCGGAGUCAGGUGACACGAGUCUUCCAUUUAAGAGCAAACUUGUGAAAGGAUUGAGUCCAGGAGACUCCAUUAUGGUGAAGGGGCAGAUCACUGGUUCCCCGGAGAGUUUCGCUGUAAACCUGCGCAUCAGUAACUCACAGGACAUUGCUUUACACUUAAACCCUCGUUUCAAAACUGGUUCCUUCAUUCGAAACUCUUUCCUGUCUGGUUGUUGGGGAGCUGAGGAGACUUCCCUCCCCAGCUUUCCCUUCUCACCCGGUCAAUACUUUGAGAUGAUCAUCCUGUGUGAAGCUCAGGAUUUUAAAGUGGCAGUAAACGGGCUCCACCAGCUGAGUUACAAGCAUCGUGUGCAGGAUCUAAGUUGUGUGGAUGUGAUCGAGAUUGUGGGAGAUGUAGAGCUCAAGGAUGUCAAGAUUUGGUGAGCAGCUCCAGCCUGAAGACCUUUCCUGCGUUUUUCUCCAACCAAGUAUAUUUAAUCAACCUGAGACUCCUGUGACUGAAGCAAAUCUAAAGUAUUUUAACUAACUUAUUCAAGUUAUAAUUUGAAUUUGGACUAAAAUGCUAGGCCUGGUGUGUUUGUGUUUUUAUGCCAUUAUCACUGGCAGGUCCAAUCCGGCUGAACAUUAUACUCCUCAACCACAUUGUCGAACAAUUAGCACAUUUGAACUUUUAUUCUUUGUUUUGUUUGCUUGUUUAAGUGUUGAAUUUCAGCUCUAAUUAUAAUCUUGAUAAGGUGUGUGAUUUGAAUGACAAGUUCCACUGCAUAGGCAGGAGAAGAAGUUAACUGCCCCAUGACUAAGAUAAACCCCAUCUGCUGAAUAUUAGUUGAGGAGAUCUGGAGAUGAUCUCAACUUGAGCCUGAAUGAGGUGGAGACGAUUCCACGAAAACUGAACAUGGGUCAAAAAAGGUUGAGGACCCCGGACAUAACAGAUGAAUGGAAAAAAGAUACCGUCUGGCAGGAUGCAAUUUGCUUUCAGAAUCAUUCCAAGCUAAUUCCAGACAUUUAAAUUUCACACUCUUAGACCAGAAACAGGGCUGAUAAACAUACCUAUCCAUAAACCUUAUUACUUAUAAGUAUAAUAAUUGAAGGUGUGUCUUAAAACAUUUCAGUUUCCUUUCUGCAGGAGGUGUUAAUUUUUUUACAUCAGACAAGCAGAUAAUUUGCUAAUGCAAGGCCUUCACUAAUGAAUUUGACUUGGCGUGAUGACCCUGAAUAUCAAACCAAUAAUCAUGUUCACCAUUAGGUUCCAGAACUAAAGAUAAGCACUUUUUUUAUUUUUAGUUUAUAGCAGAACUAUGCAACAUUCCAACAGCCAACAAUUGCUUUUUGUUAUUACUAGUUUUAAGAAUCAUCUGUUAAUUUGUGAUAUAUAUAUAUAUAUUAUUUUUGUUUUGUUCCUCUGAUAUCUGUUGAUCAAUGCAUUAACGAUAAUCAAUAUUAUAAAAACGAUAAUAAAUAAAUAUAUUACAAUGUUUAGUAGUUACGAUUGUGUUUUGUGAGUUAUUACCAUUCAUACAUUACUUUGACCCUUAAGCAAUUUCUAUCAGUUGCCUAAAUUAGAAUAACUAAAACAUUUAUGAAUUUUAAUGAGGCAUAUAAAUAAAGGCAAUCACAAAGA